AUGGCACAACAACCGGUAGCAAGAUUUACGCGUGUGAUUGACCUCGACGAGCAUGAUGAUAAGGAGAUCAAACGAGCGAUCCUUCCACGUACUUCUCGAAAGUAUGACCGGGCUUUAAGAAUCUUUGACAGAUUUCUUGAGUUACAUCCAGCCGCUUGCUUUCCCCCAGAUAUAAAAUCAUACAAAGGGUUUCUAGAAUUCUAUGCAAGAAAUACAACAGGUCGGAUUGAGGAACAGCCUAUAACAGAAACAAUUGAGAAUUUCCGCCGGGAUUUCGAGACAGCUUUAGCCCGGGCAAGGGGGAUCCAAGUCCCCAAGAGCACAUCUAUCACCAUGAAAGAGUAUAUCAUUUCAGAUCUCAAGACCAAACUUGGGCUUCCAGAUGUUCAGAUGUCCAGAGAUGGACUAUCUCCUAAUGAUUUGACCAUUCUCCUGACCCAGCUAUGGUGCCGGGACUUCAAAGAAUACCGCGGCAAAUUUCCUGACCGGAAUAGAGUACAGCUUACUGCAUCAAUAUUACUCUACUGCUUCUCUUCUGCUAGAACAGGGGAGGUACAUGAGUCUACAGCUCGCCGCUCUAUUGCCCGGCAGAAAGACGGGGACAACAGUAAUGAUGCCAAUCUCCGAGCCUAUUCUAUGGCAGCUUGCUACAAGCAUUUUAUCCUCACUAUAGAGCUGGUUGAAGGUAUCCCAAUGUUAGUCUUAACCUAUGCUCGGGAGUUUGUGAAGGGUUACUGGAGAUUGAGGAAAUGGGAGCCCCCAGUCCAUGCUUUCUAUGAGGUGUAUAAAGAGGACGUCCCUCUCUUCUUUAACCUCAUCCUAUUUAUGCUACCGCUUUUUUCUGCUGACAGAGCCUUUCGCUAUUAUGGAUCAUACACCGAGAUCCUUGACCAACUGGACUCUAUCAAGCUCAGUGAUUUGGCUUCGCAAGACAAUCAUGUCAUCUCAAGGAUCCACUUUCGAAAAGAUAUCUUGGACACUCCUGUCUUUCGACCUUCUAGUGAACUUGACAUUCAAAGCUCUACUGAAUGUUACUGCCCGUGCAUGUCGUCGAUGGGCACUCAUGGAAACUGGCAAACCGCUCGGAUGAAGCAUGCAUCCCACACUGAACCACGGACUUUUGGCCGGUCUUACGCGCAUCCUGUCUGCGAGGUGGAUGGUCCUGCGACUUAUCUCAACAUCGCGUCUCGUCAUGAGCAUAUCCAAAAUCGACGUAGCAUGGGAAUACACCAUAACCCAAACCUAUGGCAAUCCCUCCCUGCGAAGGCGGAGUUCGAAUUCCAGGAACGAGAAGAUAUAAUGGCCCUGGAUGAAGAACUUAAGUCACUUACUGCUAAGCUUGUUGACGCAAGGGCUGAUGGCCCGGAGGCUGAGCGCAAAAUCCAGUUAGAACGGCGUCACGACUCGCACGUUGGGAGUGUUUAUAAACAAACCCUCUUCUGUUACUAUCGACGAGCUAUGCCGGAGCGGGACCGCCUUGCUCAGCUUUUACCAUCCAAGUCAAGUAUGCGAAGCCCAGCAGGGCGAGACGCUAUGAUAGACUUGGAAACCAUUUGCAGAGAACACUCUCCAGUUGCCUAUCGAACCAAUCUACAACCAAUCAAUGGGAACUUGAAUCUAAGCCCUAUUCAGCGAAUGGAGCAAUAUCUGGAUAUGAUGCCUCAAAGCGAAGAUGAACUGAGCAGAUGGAAGAAUCAGCAUACUAAUGAUUAA